AUGACAAUUACUUUAGGAGAGGCUAUAUGGGCCUCAGUUAAACCAAUUAUAAAAAUAUACCUAAUUAUCGCAACAGGAAUAGCAUUAAGUCGAUUAGCACUAUUAUCUGUGGAAACUACACGUGCAAUAUCGGAUUUAGUACUCGCAGUACUACUGCCAUGUUUAGCAUUUAAUAAGAUUGUGGGAUCAUUAGAAGUAAGGGAUGCAAAAACGGUCGGUAUAGUAGCAAUUAGUGCAGUCUUAGUCUAUGCAACGGGACUUGGUGCUGCAUUUAUUGUACGAUCAUUAUUACCAUGUCCACCUGAAUGGAAAGGUGGAAUCCUAGCAGGAGGAAUGUUUCCAAAUAUUUCAGAUUUACCAAUUGCUUAUUUACAAACAAUGGAUACAUUUGUCUUCACCGAAGAAGAAGGUGCUAGAGGUGUCGCUUGUGCAAUUAUAUUUUUGGCUACAUUCUUAUUAUGUGUCUUUAACCUCGGAGGGUUUCGCCUAAUUGAACACGACUUUAGAUAUGCUGAUAUGGAGUCUCAAUCUAUUACUCCAAGUCUAGAUAUAUCACCUUCAUAUAAUAAAGAUUAUCAUCAACAACAGCAAAAUGCUAGAGAAUCUGAUAGAUCGAGUUUGGUUUCAGUACCUGAAUUAGAAGAAGAGAGCCAAGAGUCGAUGUACACUCUAGAUUCACAGAUGGCAUCGUUGGCUCCUACUCAUACAAGAAGCAGUAUGGCACCAACUGCAAUAUCAUCACUACCAUCUGUAUCCACAUUUUCUUCAAUGACACAAUCUUCCGUACAGGCUUACGGUGAUGGCAGUGACUACAAUAACGAUGACCGAUCAAGUAAUAUGAGUAAUUGUCCAUCAUGUAUGGCAGCAGCAUCUCAUACAUCUUCGUUAUUAUCUUCUUCUUCAGCGUUGAGAAAUAGAGCUGAUUCUAUAAAUACUUUACAUUCCGUUAGGUCGAUCGAUCAAAGAACCACUAUGCCCAUUCAAGGGUUACCAGAUAUGAUUCAUGAAUAUUCUAAUGUUGAUCAAUUUGGGAAAGAACGUCAUGCUUCUUUCGCUUCGGGAUUCUCAAUGUCCACACUUUAUAGUGAUGGUAGUGGCUAUUCUAUUGAUGAGAAAACAGGUAAAAAAUUGCCUAUAAUGGAUCGUAUUAGAUCUUCAAGAUUGACAAGAAUGGUGACAUCAGACGCUACAGUGAAUAAACAUGAUAUUGAUGUUUCUGGUGAUACUGUCUUACCACAUAUUAUUAUGAAAAUCCCAGGGUCUCAUCUGUUAAUGUUUUUCUUAACAAAUUGUUUAAGACCAUGUUCUGUUGCAGUAUUUGCUGGACUUUUCAUUGCAUUCAUGCCGUGGUUAAAAGCUUUAUUUGUCACUUCAAAUCACACCCCUUUUGUUGGGUUAGCUCCAGAUAAACAACCUGUUUUAAGCUUUGUAAUGGAUUAUACAGGUUACUUGGGUGCAGCCUCUGUCCCAUUUGGUUUGUUAUUAUUGGGGGCCACAUUAGGUAGAUUAGAAAUUAGUUCAUUAUAUCCAGGGUUUUGGAAAACUGCCACAUUGUUAGUGUUUCUAAAAUUAUGUGUAAUGCCAAUAUUCGGUGUCUUGUGGUGUGACAGAUUGGUGAAAGCAGGUUGGUGUACUUGGGAAGAUGAUAAGAUGUUGCUUUUUGUUAUUUCAAUGACGUGGGGUUUACCUACAAUGACUACAUUAAUAUAUUUCACUGCAAGUUAUACACCACCUGAUGCCGAAGAUCAUGUCCAAAUUGAUUGUACUUCGUUCUUCAUCGUUCUGCAAUACCCACUGCUAAUAAUAUCAUUACCCUUUUUGGUAACUUACAUGUUAAUGGUUCAAUUAAAGGUCUAA